AUGGAGGACGACUCGUACAUCCCGCUAGGCACUCCGCCAAUUCGCAAGCUCCCUACUGGCGCGGCGCGCCAUGGCGGGCGAUCCGCAGUGGUUCCGCGCAAGCGCCGCCGCAUCCUCGACCCCGCGCACGUGGACGUCGCCGCCUCCCCCGGAGCCAGCCCCGAGCGGCGGUCUUUCGAUUCCGACACGCCGACUCGAAGCGCGCACGACGCGCUGAUCAAAAGCGCCCCCGGCGCUUCGGUUAGAAACCCGCCUGGCGCUUCGCGCGUGGAAGGUUUGUUUUCCGCGGGACAGACUGGUGAGGGUUUUUUGUCCGGCCGCCGUGUGUUGUUUCCGGACGGGAAGUUUGACGGGACUGGAAGGGGGAACGGCGGGAACGAAGUGGGGACGGAGGGGAAGGCUACCGAGGGAGUCGGGGGGGAGAGCGCAUCGGGGGAAGUUGUUGGCGCAAUGGCGGGAUUGGCGGUUUACCGGCGACUGGCGUUUGGGGACGAGCGAGCGGGAGGGCGGGAGGGUAGUCGAACAAUGACGUUCAACGCUGAUAGCGGAGCCGAACGGGAGAGCGAGCAACCGGAAGAAGCGGGAGAGGGCAAGAACGAGGAGGCGGAAGAGGAGAAAGAGAGGGAGGUGAAGGAGAAGGCUGAGGAGAAUGAGAGGGAGGUGGAGGAGGAGGUAGAGGAGGAUGAAUUGGAGCUAGAGAUAGUUUAUGAGGAAGAAGAUGAGGGGGGGAAGGAGACAGAGGAGGGUGGCGAGGAGGGUGUGAGAGGAGAAAGCAAGGGAAUCGGGGAAGAGACGGAUAGAGAUAAGGAGGCUAGAACGAAAGAUCAGCUCAAGGUCUCAGGAGACCCAGGGAUUGCCGAGAUUGCCUCUGUCGCUAUUCUGGCUACCAGUGCUGCUGUUGCCGCUGUCGCUGUAGCUGACAGUGCCGUGACUCGUUUCUCGUCGUCUAAUAACGCGGACGGGGAUGACCUCUUCCGCUGGAACCGCAUCCAUAGAGGGAGCGCCGGGCCGGGGGGGCGCGGAAGCGGAGCCAGUGGACCAAAGACACGUGGCGAGGUGCUGGCAGCCAUGGUAGGCGUUCAGAUGCCACGUCAGCAAGGGGUGCGAAGCCUGACGUCGGAUCUGGAGGGGCGGGAAAUUGCCGCAGCCGCAGCCGCAGCAGCUGCUGCAGCUGCAGGGGGGUUGAGAGGCGGACGGGCGGGUGUGUCCCCGAUACAGUCACCUUCGAAAGGAGGAGCUACUAAAAGUGCAGUGAGAGGGGAAAUAGGCGCAGAAGCAGGAGGAGGAGGUGGCGGAACGAGGAGCGCAAGAGCGGCAGCAGGGGUGGUAGCAGCAGGAGCAGCGAAGGCGGAGGCUGAAGAUCUUCCACCACAGUUCCUGGAAAUCGCGCAGCUGUUUGACACGCUGGAGCUGAGCUGCCGCCUGCUGCGCGCGAGGAAGCUUCUGUGCUCCUUCCAGGCGAUUAAAGACGCGGGGGAGGAGGGGACGGGGCAGGGGGAGGAGGGGGCGGGGCAGGGGAGGAGGGGGGGCGGGGCAGGGGGAGGAGGGGGCGGGGCAGGGGGAGGAGGGGGCGGGGCAGGGGGAGCAGGGGGCGGGGCAGGGGGAGGAGACGGCGGAAAGGUAGAAGAGGGAGGAGGUGGAGAGGGGGUAAGGGAAAAGGAGGAAGGAGGAAAGGAAGGGAAGCCCAUAUCGCUGAGUCCUGUUGCACUUAGCAAAGCAACACUUAGUAAAGCGGAUGCUUUCAGCAGAGCAUCUGCCCGCCAGGCUGUGCUUGGCGUUCCACUGCUUAGAGUGGAAUCGGUUCUUCUACCCGAAAAAAACUCCUCUCCUGUGAAGUUCUCAGGGGCGGCAGGCAGGGUGGCAAGAUUUGGACGUAGCGUGUGGGAUCUGAAGAUCAUAUUGGAAAGCGAAGGGGAAGGGAAGGGUGAUGGUGGUGAAAGUGGUUUGGCUGAAGCUGCAGAAGGUGGUGAAGAGGGAGGCGAAUUGGCAGGAGGCACGGCAGGCGGCAUGGGAGGAAGCAUUGGAGGAGGCAUGGGAGGAGGCAUGGGAGGAGGCAUGGGAGGAGGCAUGGCAGGAGGCAUGGCAGGAGGCAUGGGAGGAGGCAUGGCAGGGGGGAGGGUGAGGAGCGAGGAGAGUGACAUGCUGUGGCGGAAGAGAGAGUUCCGAGCCAGGCUGGGUAGACUGGCACGUGCCUUGGGGGCUGUGGGAGGCGACAUGGGUGUGACUGCAGCAGAUGUGACUGGAGCAGAUGUGACUAUACCGGAGGAGACUCUGCCAGACCCCCUCUCACCUUCCCCUGUGCCAUCUGUCGAUGCUCGUGCUUCUCUCAAUGUUCAAACCAGUCACACUCAGUCUAGUCACACUCGCCAUACUCAUCCUAGCAGCCGCAGGAGUCUAUUUCCUGAUGCAUCCACUAACCCUACCUCUGCCGAAGCUGGUCCAGGCUCGGUGCCAACAGCUGCACCUUUUGCCAGGCCUGUCUUGCAGGCCCGGUCAACCUCCCCGCGCCACCGCCAUCGGCCUGCUUCGGCAGAUAGGGUCGGCAGGAAUCCAAACCCAGACUUGGGCGCUCGUGUGAGGGUUGACCUCACCCCAUCACUGGAUCGCUUGGCUCUCCGAACCAACGUAGGAGGCUCGGCAAGAGCAGCCGAGGCAGGGUCUGAGCAGGAGGUGUGGGGUGGGGAUGUGGUGGGGGAGCUGGGCACACUGCAGCAGCAGGGAGUGGGAGAAGGUGGAGAGCAAGGAGGUGCGGUUGGGAGGGGUGAAGACAGCGAUGGAGAGGGUGGGGGAAGUGACUCUGAGAUCCUGUCCCGCCUGCCCCAGGGGCUUGUGCACUCGGUUCGGAAACGCGAGGAGCAGCAGCGUGCCGAGGCUACCGAGGAGGCUCGGCAGGCGCGGCGGCGGCGUCUGCUGCUGGCAGAGCUGCCUCUCCUGACCGACAUGGUAGUCGCUCUCUUCGCCAGCUGUCGCGCUGCCGUGCUGCCACAUAGGGACCUUGUGGUCCGGCUGGUGGCCAAUCACAGCAAGCAGACCAACCAAGAGGAGAUUGAGGAGCAGUUGAAGCUUCUAGAGGAGAUCGCGCCGGACUGGUUGUGUGCUAAGAUGUCCCUUCGAGGGGAAAAACUGUAUCGGUUGUCUAAGGUGGUGAUGGCUGCCCAUGUCAAGGCUCGAGUGAAGGAUGAGCAGAAGUUUUGCCAUUCUGAAGCUGCUGCUUCUUCCGCUGAUCUUCAUACGUGCCAGCCCCCUCAGCUUCAGCAGCAAACAAAAACAGACACAAUGACGGAACGAUCCUACGUCAUGAUCAAGCCCGACGGCGUUCAACGCGGCCUUGUCGGGGAGAUCAUCGGCCGGUUCGAGCGCAAGGGUUUCGUUCUGCGAGGCCUGAAGCUGUUCCAGUGCCCCAAGGAGCUGGCAGAGGAGCACUACAAGGAUCUCGCCGACAAGCCCUUCUACAAGGGCCUUGUCGACUACAUCAUCUCCGGCCCCGUUGUCGCCAUGGCCUGGGAAGGCAAGGGUGUCGUGGCUUCAGCUCGCAAGCUGAUUGGCGCCACCAACCCCCUUGCUUCUGAGCCUGGCACCAUCCGUGGUGAUCUCGCUGUUGAGGUUGGCAGGAAUGUCGUGCACGGUAGUGACAGCGUGGAGAAUGGCGAGCGUGAGAUCGGCUUGUGGUUCAAGGAGGCAGAGAUCAUCAGCUGGGACCCUACACUCCUCCCCUGGCUGCGGGAGUAG